AUAUGGUACUAAGAGUGCAGUUGGUUUGUCUGUGCAUAGGACGCUAAAAUGGCGCAGAGGUUUUCUAGUUCGCAAUCUGCAGGGAAUUCAGGGCCUCCGCAACAGAGGUAUCCUCCACCACCAGUUCCAGCAUUAAGGCAGUAUGCAGGGCCAAGUUUUCCUUUACAGCAAAGGCCUGGGUUCAACCCCCCGCCAUCAAUUGCUUCAUCUCCAGGUCCAAACAUGAUGCAGCGACCACAGCAGCAGCCUCCGUACACACCGAUGCGACAAGGGCCAAUCAAUCCUCCGUCUGCAGCUAAAAGACCGACCGAUUCUAGGCCACCGCCUCCACAACAAAAAACCGAAUUUUCUCACUCUACAAGUAAGAAAAAAAAGAAAUUGGCAGAUAAGAUUUUGCCGCAGAAGGUACGAGAUCUGGUACCUGAAUCACAAGCGUACAUGGACUUGCUGGCCUUUGAACGGAAACUGGAUUCUACCAUCAUGAGAAAGAGACUGGAUAUUCAGGAAGCUCUGAAACGGCCCAUGAAGCAGAAACGUAAACUGCGUAUCUUCAUCUCCAAUACAUUUUAUCCAGCGAAGGAUCCUACUGAGGGGGAAGAGGGGAGUGUCGCGUCAUGGGAACUGCGUGUCGAAGGCAGACUCCUGGAGGACAGUAAGAAUGAUCCAAACAAAGUGAAAAGGAAGUUCUCAUCCUUUUUCAAGAGUCUGGUGAUUGAAUUGGAUAAAGAUUUGUAUGGGCCAGACAAUCAUCUUGUCGAGUGGCAUAGGACCCCAACUACACAGGAAACAGAUGGCUUUCAAGUAAAACGUCCAGGAGAUAAGAAUGUGCGCUGCACCAUUCUUCUGUUGCUGGACUACCAGCCCCUUCAGUUCAAGCUGGAUCCUCGCCUGGCGCGAUUGCUCGGAGUUCACACCCAGACACGACCUGUCAUCAUCAGUGCCCUCUGGCAGUAUAUCAAGACGCACAAAUUGCAGGAUGCUCAUGAACGUGAGUUCAUCAACUGUGACAAGUACUUGGAGCAGAUCUUCACGUGUCAGAGAAUGAAAUUUGCAGAAAUUCCUCAGCGUCUCAAUCCGCUGCUUCACCCACCAGAUCCAAUUGUUAUAAACCACAUCAUCAGUGUGGAGGGGGCAGAACAGAAACAGACGGCCUGUUACGAUAUUGACGUUGAAGUCGAUGACACUUUGAAGACUCAGAUGAACAAUUUCCUGUUGUCAACUGCCAGCCAGCAAGAAAUUCAAAGCUUGGAUAACAAGAUACAUGAGACGGUUGAAACCAUCAACCAGCUGAAGACGAAUCGAGAAUUCUUCCUCAGUUUUGCUAAGGAUCCCCAGCAGUUCAUCAACAAAUGGAUUAUCUCUCAGACUCGUGAUCUUAAGACUAUGACUGAUGUGGUUGGCAAUCCGGAGGAGGAACGCAGAUCUGAUUUCUUCUAUCAACCUUGGGCUCAGGAAGCUGUGUGUCGUUAUUUCUACACUAAAGUGCAGCAGAAACGAGCAGAGCUUGAACAGGCUUUGGGUAUUCGUAAUGCCUAAGAGUUUGAGAGCGCAUCUCUUGUAAGAUGGAGGUCAACAUAGUGAAGUUUGAGGUAUUCAGAUUCCUCCAUUAUACUGAACAAGUUACUGAUUUCAAUCAUUUGGACUUCUUGUGUUGUCGUUAUGCUCACUUAAAAAGCCGCUGCAUCUGGGGAGAUGGCUCUGCCCCGUCCUGAGGCGAGCCUAUACAAUGAGGCUAAUCCGACAGAGAUCGAAAUUAGCCGUCUCCUGUAAUGUAGUAGUUUUUCGAGUGAGUGGAAUGGAGAUUUAAAAAGUGGUUUACGGAUGUACACAAAUUAUGCACAAGCUGUAAAUAAGACCUUCAUAUACCAAUUUGUAACUUCAAUAACUACUAACCAAGAAUCAAGUUUUUCAAUAAUCUUCCACCUACAAUUAAAAGUUUGAAUCGUGGUAUAAAAGUACAUUAAAAGAUUACCUCUCAACUCACUCCUACUCUGUUGACAAUUCUGAAGGUUCGUGUGUAUCUAUAUGUGACAUAAGCUCUGUACUUGUAUUGUGACAUCCUUUGGUUUGUGAUCUGUGGAAUGUAAUUAAACUCUUAAGUCUCUAACUCUAUGACUACUACAUCCUCAGCUUAGGCCUAUAAAGGAUCUAUAAAAUGUAAAUAGUUUUAUUCAAUUUGCACUGUAAUUUUCACAAAAAUAAUAGGAGUCAAGUGGGCAAAGUUAA